AUGGACAAUAGCGGGCGGCCGCAGGCGCAGCCUCCUCAGCCCCCGACGGCCGCCAAGAGCCUGAGCGCGCCGCCUCGGGGCACCAUGCUGAGCGCUUCCAAGCCGCUGGCUUUCUCCAUCGAGCGCAUCAUGGCCAGGACGGCCCCGGAGCCCCGAGCGCUGCCGCUGCUGCCCCACUUCUUGCAGGGCGGGGGGGCCAAGGGCGGCGGCGGCGGCGGCAGCGAGGGGGCCAAGCAGCCGCCGCCGCUCAGCCUGGGGCCCUCCAUCCCCUGCAUGAUCCCCUUCGUGCCGCUGGCCUACGAGCCCUUGGCCAAGGCGGGCUCGGAGGCCAGGAAGCCCCUCCUGGACCCGCCUUCCUCCUCCUCGUCGUCGCCCUCGUCGUCGUCGUCGUCCAGCUCCUCCUCGCUGGGCUGCGCGCUGAGCCUGAAGCCCCCGGCCCAGCUGGGCCCGCUGCAGCACCACUACAAGCUGGUCCGGCCCCGCGUGGUCAACCACUCGUCCUUCCACGCCCUGGGCGCCCUGGGCUACUUCGGCCGGGCCGCCGAGCCCCCGCCGCCGCCGCCGCCGCCCUCCAGCCUGGGCCUCCACCCGGUGGCCUCCUACUUCCUGGGCUCGCCGCUCGCCGGCCCGCCGGCGGCCGCCUUGCAAGCCCCGACGGCGCCCAAGGCCUACCUGGCCGAGAGGAACAAGCUGCAGGCGCUGCAGGCCGGCCCGGACAAGUACCCGCCGCCGCCGGCCUUCAAGGACUUGGCCGCCGCCCAGCUCCACAGCGCCGCUGCCGCCGCAGCCGCCGCCGCCGCCGCCGCUCACCUGCUGGCCGUCGACAAGCUGCCCUUCAAGGGGGCGGCGGCCGACUUCAGCCGCGGCUCGCCCGGCGCCAAGCCCAAGGUCUUCACCUGCGAGGUCUGCGGCAAGGUCUUCAACGCGCAUUACAACCUCACCCGCCACAUGCCGGUGCACACGGGCGCCCGGCCCUUUGUCUGCAAGGUGUGCGGCAAGGGCUUCCGACAGGCCAGCACCCUCUGCAGGCACAAGAUCAUCCACACCCAGGAGAAACCCCAUAAGUGCAACCAGUGCGGGAAAGCCUUCAACAGGAGCUCGACGUUAAACACCCACUCGCGGAUCCACGCCGGCUACAAGCCCUUUGUCUGCGAAUUUUGCGGGAAAGGGUUUCACCAAAAAGGCAACUACAAGAACCACAAGCUGACGCACAGCGGCGAGAAGCAGUUCAAGUGCAAUAUCUGCAACAAGGCCUUCCACCAGGUGUACAACCUGACCUUCCACAUGCACACCCACAACGACAAGAAGCCCUUCACCUGCCCCACCUGCGGCAAAGGCUUCUGCAGGAACUUUGACCUCAAGAAACACGUCCGCAAGCUGCACGACGCCGGCGGCGCCCCUUUAGGGCUGCCUCGAACCCCAGGCGAGCCGGACCCUCCGCCCCAGCCCCCGCCGCCGCUGCUCCACCACCCCUGA